AUGCGUUGGCAAUGGAGAGGGACCGCAGGGAGCGCGGGUUCAUCUGCACCUGCCCUCCUCUGUGUCCGUCAGCCCCGUGCAGAUGAACAUCGGGCUGCCAGAGUAAUCCUGAAGACCGGAGAUAAUGGUUUUAAUCCUAGUGGUCAAAAUGGUCUUAUAGUUGCCUGUUACCAAGGUUAUGUGGAUAUUGUAAUAGCCUUAGCACAAUGCCCUCACCUUGAUGUGAACUGGCAGGACAACGAAGGGAACACGGCUCUAAUUACAGCUGCACAAGCAGGGCACAUAACCAUUACAAACUAUUUGUUGAACUAUUUUCCUGGGCUUGAUAUUGAGAAGAGGAAUGUGUUCGGAUACACAGCACUGAUGAAAUCUGCGAUGCAGGGCCGAACCGAAUGCAUAAAAGCCUUGAUGUUGGCAGGGGCCAAUGUUCACGCGACUGACCCAAGCCGUGGACUGACUUCAUGGGAAUGGGCUUGUUACACAGGAAGAUCAGAAUGCGCCUUCAUCAUGCAAAAGCUGAUGGACAGGCCGUGCCCGGAACAGUUUUGUGAUCAAUAUAAACCAGAAUGGCCAAAGAUGAAGGAACUUCUUGCCAAGGCUGCAGAGCCAAAAAGCUGUUUGCAGAGGAUUUCUGAGUGCGUGAGGGCAGCUGUCUCCUUCCGGUCCUUCUACGGCCCGGAAGAAGACGGGGUCCUUGAUCACAUGGUGAAGGUGACAACAAGCUUGAGCAGUCCUUUCAUCGCUCUGUCGUGCCGGACGGUGUGCCCAGGCAGUCCACCUUCUGUGGGGAAACGCAGGCUGGCUGUGCAAGAAAUCCUUAGGAAGCAGAGAGCCGAGGAGAUCCGAUCUCAGGACAAAGACCACUUUAGCAGCUAUGAGAAGCUAUUUCAGAACUCCAAAGUGACGCUGAUCUCCAAGAAGAGGGACCGUCGAGCCAGCCUGCAGCCUAUCAGCCUUGCAGUCUCUCAAGUGAACACCAUAGCCACUAGAAAAGCAAGCCUCUUGCCGCUCCACCUGCUUAGACGGAGCAGCGUCCGGCCGGGAUUUGUCAUCCCCAAAGUCCGUAUCAGCAAGGCUCCUCCACCCACCUUCCAGCCAGAAAAGGCGAGAAGGAGGAGCAGUGCAAAGGAUGACCCCUAUUUGCAGAUUCCCAAAUGGAGAUACAAGGAGCUGAAAGAGGAGCGGAAGAAGGCAGAGGAACAGGAGAAGAAGAAAGCAGCAGAGGCUCAAAGGCAGAGGCAGGUGUCCCCAGCCAGAUGCAGGACCUGA